AUUGUAAACAAUGACAGUCUAUUGGUCUAUUUCCUUCUCCUGUUUCUGUUCUGCACCAAAAAACUUUUAAUGAAUUUUUACCCUAACAUUGAUAAGAACAAUCUAUUAUCACAGUGAUUAAGUAUAAUUUUCUCGGAAAUUCUGUCACUAUAGUUCUCAAUACUGUAACCAGUGCAAGUGAAGCACUUCAAUCAGUUGAAUCUCACAAUGACUGCCCCUCACAGCAAGAAGCGCGUUUGCUACUACUAUGAUUGUGAUAUUGGAAAUUACUAUUAUGGACAAGGCCAUCCCAUGAAGCCCCAUCGCAUAAGGAUGACCCACAAUUUGCUGCUAAAUUAUGGCCUCUAUAGGAAGAUGGAAGUCUAUAGACCUCACAAAGCUACUGCUGAAGAAAUGACCAAAUUUCAUAGUGAUGAAUACAUACGGUUUCUGCGUAGUAUUCGGCCAGACAACAUUUCAGAAUACAAUAAACAGAUGCAGAGAUUCAAUGUCGGAGAGGACUGCCCUGUCUUUGAUGGUUUGUAUGAAUUCUGUCAAUUAUCUGCUGGUGGAUCAGUUGCUGCAGCGGUGAAAUUAAACAAGCAAGCCUCAGAAAUAUGCAUUAACUGGGGUGGAGGUCUCCAUCAUGCCAAAAAAUCAGAAGCAUCCGGAUUUUGUUAUGUCAACGAUAUCGUUUUAGGUAUCUUGGAACUAUUAAAAUAUCACCAAAGAGUUUUAUACAUAGACAUAGAUGUGCAUCACGGAGACGGUGUUGAGGAAGCAUUCUACACUACGGAUCGUGUCAUGACUGUAUCAUUCCACAAGUAUGGCGAAUAUUUUCCUGGAACUGGUGAUCUCAGGGAUAUUGGUGCUGGAAAAGGCAAGUACUAUGCUGUUAAUAUUCCAUUACGAGAUGGCAUGGAUGAUGAGAGCUAUGAAUCAAUUUUUGUACCGAUUAUCUCAAAAGUUAUGGAAACGUUCCAACCUAGUGCUGUAGUCCUGCAAUGCGGCGCUGAUUCUUUAACUGGAGAUCGGCUUGGUUGUUUCAACUUGACUGUCAAAGGUCAUGGAAAGUGUGUAGAGUUUGUGAAGAAGUACAAUCUACCAUUCAUGAUGGUUGGUGGUGGAGGUUAUACUAUUCGUAAUGUUUCUCGCUGUUGGACCUAUGAAACAUCCGUGGCUCUUGGAGUUGAGAUCGCUAAUGAGCUACCUUACAAUGACUAUUUUGAAUACUUCGGCCCAGAUUUUAAACUCCAUAUUAGCCCUUCCAACAUGGCAAAUCAGAACACUCAAGAGUAUUUAGAAAAAAUCAAGACACGCUUGUUUGAAAAUCUACGGAUGUUACCCCAUGCUCCUGGAGUUCAAGUCCAAGCGAUCCCAGAAGAUGCCAUCAAGGACGAGAAUGAUGACGAGGACAAAGUCGAUCCGAAUGAAAGGAAGCCACAGCGAGAUCAAGAUAAACGCAUCUCCCACGAUAACGAAUUCAGCGACAGCGAUGAUGAAAGUGGAAACAGGAAAGAUCAGAGGUCAUAUAAAAAUGGAUCCACGCCGUCCAGUAAAAAACCACGUUUAGAACAAGCAAAGGGAGAUGCUGGUGGCAAAAUCGAAGAAGGAAUCAAAACUGAAGGCAAGAAUCCUUAAAUGUGGUAGCACAACUCGGUCUUCUGUGGAAUGUUCAGAAACUUUCUGUGUCCAGUUGAGCUGUUUUUGUUCAUUAAAAAACCAUAGCAUGAUGGGGAAACUCUGACGUUAGUUUGUUUUGCUUAGCCAAGAACUGAAGAAUUGGCUCUCUUUUUUUCUACUCAAAUUUUUCGAAUUACUCAUUUGAAUCUUGACACGUUCCUUCUUCUAUUCAUUGCAUUCUUUGUUUAACAUGUUUUGUUUUAAAUAGAACCAUGAGGAUAUUUUACACGGUGUAAUCUUAGUUUAUAAGAGAUAUUCUCAUCGGCCAUCGGAAAAACUGAACUGCCGAAAAUAAAUUCAAACGAAUAAUGUAAAUAACUCGUUGGGCUCAAGUUUUCAAUUUUUUACCUUUUUUACAGCCUAUUUUAUCUGGUCAAUCAUCGAGUCCUUUAUCAGUCUUGAGAUAACGUUAAUAACCUUCGAAAAUUGAUCAAUGCGACGUUACAGAAUGUGGCUCUUGGUGUCGAGCAUCAUUAUCUUGCUCAUGAUGAUUGUCACUUCAUUAAUUUCCUGUCGUAUUGUUUUAUACUAUAUCCAUAAGCCUGUGUUACACUAUCAAAAUACUCGAUCAAAAUGUCAAGGUCAAGUGCUGUUAUGGUCCAAGUCAUCGAAUAAGCUAAUCACAACACCUGACCUUAAUAUUUUGAUGGCUAGCUUUGAUAGUGUGACUCAAGCAAUAGAGUUGUAAUGAAGGGAGUAUGUUCGAUUACAUAAUAUUCACCAACUUAUUCACUAGUCUCUACAACUUAUUCAUCAGCCCAAGGCUGUUGAAUAAAUUCUGGUUAUUUUGUUAUCUUUCUUUUACAUAAAAAAAAAAUGAACCGAUUCUGUUAAUAGUUAGGUUAUAAAGUAAGCAAAUGCUGAAGUUUUUUCUUACGCUUAUUUGAUGUAAUUUUGAUCUCCUGAUAUGGAAGUAACAUAAUUUUCUUAAUUUUGUAUCUCUUAACUUAAGUAACUUAGAAUCGGUGUUCUGUCAUCGAUGCCUUUGUGGAAGACGCAUAUUUUUUGCUAUAGCAAUUUGUAACUCUGCCUGGCAGUGCAUAACAUUCCUAUCUCACUUGAGUGUUGCCAAAUAUCAGUAGGUGAAGUCAAUUUUUCUGCAAAAACUUUACACAAUCUGUCAAUGCUGUUGUAAAACUGAGCCUGCAGUGAGAAUAGAGCAUUUCAGGAUUUUUGAGAAAAUUGUUUCGGUAUCAUGAACUUUACUUCUAUCCACUCCUCACAUAUUUUAAAAAGGUACAUUUGUGUCAUUUGUUUGCAAUUUGUAGCAACUGUCUUGCAAAACAAGAUGUGUCUGAACAGCGUUUUAGUUAUUUUUAAUUUCGUUGCGUGUUAUUUGCCUCCUCCAAACCUCCAAUUGCAUCGAACAUUCAGAACUUAAGGGUUAAUAAUAUGCUGAUGAAAACUAUGCACUGUUUAUUCAGAAAAUUUAGAGAAGAAUCACUUGUAUGUAGAUGAAAUGCAAAAUUAAUGUUUACUCGCAACAAUUUGUAUGUUCUUUCGGAAAUCAAGUAAUGUUACUUUGUAUCCACAGCUGUUUUUUGACAACAAAUUAUUUUUGCUACAAAUGGACGCAGCUGCAAGUCUUUGGAAUCUUGUUCCUCGCUUUUCUUUGUAUUUUGUUUAAUUUAUUCUUUUGAGCUGAAAUGAAGUUUGCGCGAGGAGCUUGUAACAAUUAAAUUUGUAAAAAUGUCUAGUGGAGACAAAGCCACGGAAAGUUUUUGUCCUUUUUUAGAGAGUGUUUUUGUAUCCAAUGAUGAGUUGGUAAAAUCUGUGAUUCACCCCCGUAACAUUUCUUGUGUUCUUGGAAAAAAAGUUUCCAGGGCAGAUUUAACUAGGAAAUCUACAAAUAUUGUUUGCUCAUUUUUCAAAGUAACAAUUUUCCCUCUCGAAUUCCUUGUAUAUUGUAAAUAUUUAGGCCAACUUUGCUGAAGGAUAUAAAGGAGGGUGGAGGCCUCCAAUUAAGUUUCUUUUACGUUUCCUGGCCUUGAGAUUUUGUACCCUCUUAUCAAUAAGAAUUCUUUCAAUCAUCGUCUGUGUUUACUACCUUUGAAUCUUAAUUUUUAAAGACUAGUCUGCAAUGUUUCAAUGUGUGUCUUCAUUGUACAUUUUAUGUAUUGCAUAUUUCUCUCAUCUUUUAAAGAUUAAAUUUUGUAUUGAUUUUCAUA